CCGAUCGCUCAUUUCUCCCGUCUCCCUUUCCUUAGCGUCGCUACUUCCAUAAGGAUAUAUUGCCUCGUUUAGGCACUUUAUUCUUGUACUUUACGUUGACAUACAGAGGGUGUCCAGAAACAGAACGAGUGCGUGAGAAAUACUUUUUCUCUCAAGUGAAGUGACAGAGUGUUCCCAGUACUCUUGAGACUGGAAUAAAAAGUGAUAUUUAGCAAGAUGGAGAUAUUUUUGUUCUACAAAAUGCCCUGGGAUUUUCUAAAUCGUGCUUUUCAGUUUGGAGACAAAACAAAGCUUUUAAAGUUUGUCAUGCAAACUAAAGGCAGGCAAACAAGUGAUUCUGUCACAGUGAUCUGGUGACUGGGAUAUUCAUGCUGGUCACGGAGGAUCCAGGUCAGAGUCACGGCUGUGUCAUUCCCUCACAUCCCACAUGCCUCUUCCAGGCUAGGUCAGUCUCUCUUCCUGCAGCUGCUCUGCUUUCUCUGGUCACUGGGAAAGGUGCUUCAACCUGGCAAAUGCUUAUUCACCAAAUACCACUUUAAGUCAGUCAAUACUGAGCUAUUUAUGUGGAGCAGCUCCAACAUAACUGCCCCUUUCUUCCUCCCUAGUUCCACAGGUGCUAGGACUUUGCAUGCAGUUUAAGCUGAUCCAGCUGCUCAAUUCCACUUCUCACUUGAUCCCUUGAGGCAGAUUUCUACCUCUGCUGUUAUGCCAGCACUCACUCAAGUUCGUCUCGUUCUCAGUGAACAGGUUUGGGCAGCUGAACUCAUGGAAAAUGAUUCAUUUUUUUUGGUAGAACCAGCUUUGUGUGUAUGGUGUCACUACAGGGUGAGCUCAAUGCCAGCAGAGCAGAGGUGGCAGACGUGCAGAUGGAUGGCAGGACUGUGGCACUGCCACCUUGGAUCCUUUUACACUGCUGUGGAACAGCAGGCUCAGGCCUGGAGAAGUUCCUACUCCACCUAAUCUUAACCAUCGGAAACUAAAAAGAGAAGAGGCAGUCCAGCAAAUCGUAUUCAUGAAAAAUUCCCCAAACCCUUCUAGUCAGUGGGAGUUUCACACCAAGAAAGGCCACAAGAUGAGUGAUCCUUGUGCUGGAUCCAGUCAGCAUGAUGAGAAAACUACCUGACUGAAAACCAGAAGGGGCAAGACUCAAGCAUGGGGAGGAAGAGGUCUACUUCUGGACCAGGAGACUGCUGGGAAGAGAGGAACUCACACCCAGCUGGAGGCUUCAGGAAAUGCACAAUGGCUUCGUUCCCUGUCUUGGAGCAAGAGACGUUGUUCCGGAACGGUACCUGGAGCUAUCGCAUUCCAGCCCUGCUCUACCUGCCCCGGUUCAGCAUGAUCCUGGCGUUUGCUGAGGAGCGGGAGGAUGUGGUGGACGAACACGCCAAGCUCAUAGCGAUGCGCAGGGGCGUGUACGACCCCAGCACGCACCACGUCCAGUGGAAUAACAUGGAGACCCUUUUCACUGCACAGCUGAAAGACCACCGAUCUAUGAACCCCUGCCCGGUUUACGAUGAGGUCUCCGGGAAGCUGAUCCUGUUCUUCAUAGCUGUCCCAGGAAAGAUCUCCGAGCAGCAUCAGCUCAGGACAAAGAUUAACCUGGUACGCCUCUGCUACGUCACCAGCAUGGACCAGGGGCGCACCUGGAGCGCUGCCCAGGAUGUCACCGACGGCACCAUCAGGACCGAGUACAAGAACUGGGCCACGUUUGCGGUGGGGCCGGGUCACGGGUUACAGCUGCUCAACGAGGCCCGGAGCCUGGUGAUUCCCGCCUAUGCCUAUCGUAUCUUGGACCCUAAGCAGCACCCCACCCCUCAUGCCUUCUGCUUCAUCAGCUCUGACCACGGCACAACGUGGGAGCUGGGCAACUUCGUGGGCGAGGAGAGCGCGGUGGAGUGCCAGGUAGCGGAGGUGCACACCUGUGGCAGGAAGGUCCUGUACUGCAACGCGAGGAGCACCAGGGGAGCCCGAAUCCAGGCUGUCAGCUACAACCAUGGGCUGGACUUCGAGGGAGGCCAGCGGGUUGAAAUGCUAGUGGAACCUCCCUUUGGAUGCCAUGGAAGUGUUACUGCCUUUCCACCUCCCCCUGAUGCCAGGUGCCAAGACAGUUGGUUACUCUAUGCUCACCCUACAGACCCAAAGGGUCGAAAAGAUUUAGGAAUUUACCUCAACAAAAGCCCUUUAAAUCCAGCACACUGGACAAAACCUAGCAUCCUCUUCAGGGGCCUGUGUGCUUAUUCGGAUCUGCAGUACAUGGGUGUUGGACCCGAUGGCUCACCCUUGUUCUCCUGCCUCUUUGAAUAUGGGACCCGCCGGCAGUGCGAAGAGAUGAUCUUUGUCAUGUUCACCUUGAAGCAAGCCUUUCCCUCAGAGCUCUGAGCCUCAAGCCUUUCCACCAGCAUCCCUCCAAACACCACCUUUGCUGAUACUUUUCACUGUCACUUCUCAUCUUUGAGCAGGAGGUUUUUUGUACUCCUGCUGCACACUUAGUUUGGCGUUGGCUUGCGGCGUCUGUAGAUUAUGAAGUCUAUUAAAUGUAAUACAACUUAA